AUGAACAUUUUGUUUCCGCUCUGCACAACGUAUCUGUGUGAGAAAGGAUUUUCAACAUACACUUACCUCAAAGAUAAGUUCAGAAAUACAUCAAACACAGAACCCGAUCUAAGACUAAGCUUUCAGACACUGAACCAAAUUCUGAAUUUCUUUGUUCCAACAAACAGGCACCAAUAUCCCAUUGAGGAUUUUUGCAAGAAUCGAAUUUCUUGUAUUCAUAUUAUACUAAGCCUUUUUUUAAGGCUUAAUUAGUUUUAAUAACGUUUCUCUAAAUGUUUUACGUUACAGUUAUGUUUCAAUUUACUUUGCUCAUUAUAACUAUUAUUCAUAUGAUUAAUAAAUUUUGAUAACAGCCAAAUAGUAAUGUCAGAUUUGUAGGUGAAUUUUUCAAGGAUUUGUAAUGAAUUCUGUCUACAACUUAACUGGAGGUUGAAAAACCAAGUACGAUACUUGAUAAUUGUUACGUUCAUUUUGCAAGUGAAGUGUGACAGUCCAAACAGAAAUAAGUAUGUCAAACCUGAUGUCUGGGUGACUUGCGAAAGAAAUUUCACUUCAUUCAAACUGAGUGUAAAGAAUAUUAGAUGAUACCUCACGGCGGUUGGCGAAGGAGCUUUCUCCGUCCCCGCUGAGCAUUCGCUACGUGAGACGCACUCUUGGAGGUGAGAGUGAGUGGUGGUGGCCUCCAUCAGCGCCUGGGGACUUCGGGGACACGCGUAGAUAGGCAGGUUGCUUAUUUUUAGCUAACUUUCAAGCUACUUAUUUGUUUGGCUCUGCCACGACCCAGGUAGGCGGAUUGAAAACCUACGAACUGCCGAAUUAUCAUACAUGUGAAUUUCGAAGUGGCCACAACAGAAUAUAUUGAAAAAAGUGCCUCUAAAAAUCGGCAACCAAGAGUUUUUCCAUGGACUGCACAUGCUUUGCAUUUUCACCUUGUAAAUUUUUCUAUUACUUUUGAAGCGGUGUGAAAAAAUCUCGGACCCAUUACAAAAUAAACAUUUAUGUGUAUCCCACCAUACGUUGCUACAUUCCUAUUAAAACCAAUUCAAAGAUGUUUGAGUGGAGCACCUACGAAAAAAUCAUGCACAUACUCGUAAACUGACACACAUAAUGUCCUCAUUAAUUUCCGAUUAAAUUCGAUAUCUAACCGCAGAGCUAGAAAAAUUAUAAAGAUGAAAACUGCACAGUGCUUCUGAGCCCCAGCUACGAUUAAUUUUUUAGACUCAACACUUCAGUCGCACCCCAUUUCGAACCGUCACAAAUACUUUUCCAUCAUUUAAAUGUUAAACUCCUCAAUUCUUAUUCAUCCUA